UCCCCUUUCACGAGGCCAAGCGCUGGCCAUGGGUUCGACGCGGCGCUAGGGUUUGCCGCCGCCAGCGCGCGCCGCCGUGCUCCCACCGCCGGGUGCUCCCGCCUGUGGUCCCGCCGUCGCGCGCCGCAUCUCCCGGUGCCGGCUUGCUCCAUCGCCCGUCUCCCCGUCGCCCGCCCCCACGCCACCCGACGUCGCCCCAGGUCGCCCGACGGCCGACGGCCGUCUCCUCGUUGCCUGCCCGACGCCGGCCGACGCCGCCCCAUGCCGGCCGAUGAUCCCCGACGCCGGCCGACGCUGCCCCAGGCUGCCCAAAGCCACCCCUGCCCGACGCCGCCCCACGCCGCCCGACGCUACUACGACUCCUUCGCCACUGCUCCGGCCGGCAUGAAAGGUGAGGCCGAAUGCUCCUGCUCUUGUGUUGAUGCAUGUGUUGCCCCUAGAAUGUUACAGCAAAUUGAUUUUUGGCGUGCAAAUUGAUUGAACAAAAAUUUAUUUGGUUCAAGAAUGGGUGACAAGGCAGAUUGGGGUGAUGGUUUUGUAAGGCAUUUGUUUGAUGUUUGCAAAGAAGAGAUAGAAGCUGGGAAUAGACCCAUGGGAAUUUUCACCACUACGGGUUGGAAAAAUGUUGUUUCCAAGUUUGCAGAAAAAUCGGGUGACGAGCGAACCAAAAAACAAUUGAAGAACAAGUUAGAUGUGUUGAAAAAGGAAUAUACAAUGUUUAUGGAGUUCAAGAAUUGUGCCACUGGUCUUGGAUGGGAUGAGGCAAAACAAACUAUUGUCUUUUCGCCGGAAUGGUGGGAAGAACACCUUGAUAGAUGCAACAAUCGUGAGAAAGGAAUCAAAUGCGAUCAUGUGAAGUUUCGCAAACAAGGACCAAAAUUCCUAGAUGAUUUGCAUAUCAUUUUUGGCAAGUCACAUGUUAGUGGGGCUUCAGCAUCAUGUCCUGGAAAUGUAUCCUCCGAUGAGGCAAGUGAUGAUGAUGUGGCUGAGGUACCAAAACCUGCAGAGACAGUGAACCCCGAAAAAAAUAAACGCAAGGGGUCGUCCACUAUUGUUCGAGAUAAGGAUGAGAAGAGCCCAUUCGCUCGUAUGUACAAGAACACUUGUUUGAAGAUAGAAACGGCGGCAGAAAAGAUUUGUACAAGUGUUGAAGCAUCGUCAGCUUCUCCAUGCAAUGUAGUCCCUACCAUUAAAGAGGCUAUGAAGAUGAUGAAAGAUUGUGGGGUAGAAGAAAAAACUGCUCUAAUGCACACAGCCACAACUUUGAUUAUGAAGCCUGAAUUUAGGGAGGUCUUUAGCUACCUAGAAACAAAUGAAGGAAGACUCGAUUUGAUCGAGAGGGAGCAUGAAAAGGAGAUGAUGAAGCGUUAGUGAUUCCCUACAUUAAAAUUUUAUUUUUAUCGAUUGUUGCCUUGUUUAUGUGAUAUUUGCUUCCCUAUGUGAGAACACUUUGAGUUAUUUAUUUCUAUGUUGUAAACCAAUAUUUGCUUGGACAUGUAAAACCGUUAUUUC